GAACAGAUGCUAGUCGUUGGUUUGCUGCUGCUGGCCGCCGCCUGCUGCACGGCUCGACCCCAGGGCGAUGUCGAGGUGGUGGAAUACGAGUCGGAUAACAUUGGCAUUGGCGGCUACAAGUUCAGCUAUAAGCUAAGCGACGGCACCACGCGCACCGAGGAGGCGGUGGUCAACAAUGCGGGCACCGAGAACGAAUCCCUGUCCGUGCGCGGAUCCGUCAGCUGGGUGGCGCCCGAUGGACAGACCUAUACCAUUAACUUUGUGGCCGAUGAGAAUGGAUUCCAGCCGGAGGGUGCGCACAUACCCAAGUAAUACACACCCACACCGCACACACACACACUGGAUAACCGAUGGAUAAGCUCAUUAUUUGUUUAGUCUCUAAGUUGGUUGUGCUGUGCAUCAGUCAGUCAGUCAUUCGGUCAGUCAGUCAAUCAUCCGGUCAGUCAGUCAGUCAGUCAGUCAGUCAGUGAGUGAAGUUAGU